AAUAACAAUGAUGGCAAUAUGGCUACCACCAGUGUGAAUAUUGUUAAGUUAUUCUCAAGAAAAGCAGGAUCAGUAUCACAGCGGCCUACUGCUGGUCAACUGAUAAGAAAAUGGAGUGAAAUAUUUAAGAGUCAUGACAUAGAGGACUAUAAACUCUCUGCGGAAUAUCUUGUUGACUACAUAAUAUGCAACAGCAAAAGGAAGAAGGAACAAACUUUGUCAGAGAAACAGAUUGACGACAUUGAGUUUCUCUGUUUAAAAAGACUGAAAAGAAUCCCUGUCCAGUACAUAAUAGGCGAAUGGGACUUUAGAAAGACUAAAUUGGCUAUAAAAGAGCCCGUUUUUAUUCCUAGGCCAGAAACAGAGGUAUUGGUUGAGCAUAUUUUGAAUUUUUUGCAAAAUCACCAUUGUCGCCAAAAAUUAGAUUUUCUAGAGCUAUGCUGUGGAAGUGGAGCCAUCUCAGUAUCACUGCUAAAAGAGAAUGAAUCACUCAGUGGCUAUGCAACAGAUAUAUUACCCAAAGCAGUUGAACUUACCAAAGAAAAUUCAAUUAGAAAUGAAGUAGAUCAAAGGCUAAUUGUUACCAAAGCACCAAUAACUGAUCUGAUGAGUGAUACAGAACUUGAGUCCAGAUUUGACUUUAUAGUCAGUAAUCCACCUUACAUACCCAGUGGGGUCAUUCCUAUGCUACAACCGGAAAUCACCAAAUAUGAAUCGCACAUUGCGUUGGAUGGAGGAGAAGAUGGAAUGUCUGUCAUUAGAGAAGUCUUAAAAGCUAGCAGUCAUCUACUGAAAGCACUAGGGUAUCUUUGGUUGGAGACAGGACAUGAGCAGGACAUUAUAUCACUAGUCGUUACCUGUUGUCUCGAUAAUUUGUUAUAUUUGAAUAACUUUCCUGACUACACCGGAAGGUUUAGAUUUCAUCUAUUGCAAAGAAAUGAAUGAAUUACCAGUUCAGUAAACUCUAAACUGUUGUACUAUGUACAUUAUUGUGAUAGUUGGAGUAUAACAAUAAUGGUUCACUAUUAUAAUGAGUAACGGUAUGUACAUGUAAAUGUAUGUAUAUUAAUUGUCGGUGUACUCUUGAUUGUAAUCAUAUUGAUUCAUCUGCUUCCUUCAUGAGACAAGAAAGGAGAAAGAGGAAGUUGAGUAUAGCAUGACUAAGGGAAGGAGAACAGAGAGAGGAAAUGACUGAUGGCAGUGAGAUUAAAGGAGUGAUCGUGGAUGGUAUGUAUUAUGAGAGGGAAAGAGUAAAAGGAAAGAGGAGGAAGAGUUUGAAAAUGAAAACAAAACUAGUGGGAAUAUAUUCUGUAUUAACUUACUAAAGGAAAAUGAAAACUUUGAAGUUGUAUUUUAGACAAAAAUGAGUCCUAUAGGCUAAUGACUUCAUAAGUGUCUUUUAUUUUUAA